CCACCUAGCCCGCCUCAGCCGUUCCUUGCAGCCGCCCGCCCACUCGACUAGUUUCUCGAGAUCUCUCCGGCGCCCGGCUAGCUACUUAGUGGUACCUACCUAAGCAGCGGCGGCGGCGGGCGUUGCCAUGGAGGAGCACAAGCCGCUGGCGGCCAUGGUGGUGGUGCAGUGCAUCUACGCGGCCAUGGCGCUGUGGGCCAAGGCCAUGUUCAGCCGCGGCAUGAGCCCCAUGGUGUUCGUCGUCUACAGGCAGGCCAUCGCCACCGCUGUCCUCGUCCCCAUCACCUUGCUCGCCAACAGGAAGAGGCUGAAGGAGAUUGUUUGCAUCGGGACGACAGGCUUCGUGCUGGUGUUCUUGGCCUCUCUCGUCGGGGCGACGGCGAAUCAGUACAUGUACUACCAAGGCAUCUACCUGGGGUCAUCGUCCAUGGCGACGGCCAUGACGAACCUGAUACCGGCGAUCACCUUCGUGCUGGCGACGUCAGUAGGUCUAGAAUGCGUGGAGAUGAGGAAGCCGCGAAGCGUGGCCAAGAUAUUCGGCACCGCCGUCUGCGUCGGAGGCGCCAUGGUCAUGACCUUCCUCAAGGGCCCCAAGCUGCUGCACGACUCGCUGGGCGUCGGCGGCGCCGGGCUGGGCCUGGACGACCUGCUUCUUCUCAACUCGCCGGGGAGCCGGAACUGGGUGAUGGGCGCGCUGUUCCUCGUCGGCAGCAGCUCCUGCUGGUCGCUCUGGCUCAUCAUACAGGUGCCGAUCUGCAAGUCGUACGUGGAUCCCCUGACGCUGUCGGCCUGGAUGUGCUUCCUGUCCACGGCGCAGAUGGCGUUGCUCAACUCCUUCGUGCUGCCGGGCCUCGACGCCUGGAAGAUCCACUCGCUCUUCGAGCUCAUGGGCUGCAUCUUCGCCGGCGCGGUCGGGUCAGGCGUGACGUUCUACCUGCAGUCGUGGUGCAUAACGGUGAGGGGCCCUCUCUACUCGGCCAUGUUCAACCCCCUCUGCACCGUCGUCACCACCGUGCUCGCCACCGUCAUCCUCCACGAACAGCCACACAUCGGAAGGCUGUAGCCUACUGGCAAGGGAGCGCAGUGGCGUCUCCAGCAACCAGGGUUCGAGCCACGUCGGGGACGAAUUUCUGGUUUCUCACAAGGGAUGCUUCUCCUAUAUCAAUAAACCAUGGGUGCUAGUGCCCAUGAGUUUCAUCUUUUUACUACUGUACUUCUCAACUUACCUAGCGAAACGGUUCUGCUUGUCCAGCUUGUUGGGUGCAUUCGCCGUGGUAGCCGGGCUGUACAUCGUGCUGUGGGGCAAAGCAGGCAACGUCAAGAGCCCGAGGGCGGCGGGGCACGCCGAUGAUCUGGAGAAGACAUGGUCGGGCUCUCAGCUCCUCGACGCGGAAAGUACGAUCACCGCGCCGCUCCUGGCGGACAAGAAUCCGAUCGAGAAGUAAUGGCUCUACAAUUUUGGAACAGCCAGUGAUCUUUCUCAGCUUAUGGUCGCAUGUGUUCUGUAGCUGCAUGGUUGUUUUUCGAGGGAGAGUACUAGUGUGCUGGUGGACCAUGUGGCCAAGCCCAUGGUGUCGCCGCUAAUGUACAAAAGAUAAUGGCCGUAAAUGUUGUUGUGUCCCA